ACACCAUCAAAUUGGCGCCAUCCGUGGGACCUAUUACAAAAAAGCCAUGACAAGUAACCAGGAAACAGUCAUUUCACAAAUCUCUACUCCCGCUGAGAACGCCAUGUCGUUCCUGGGAGGGAGUGCCCAACCCUCAACCCAGAUUCCUACCCCCAUUAUCACCAUUCCAACACCUAUUCCAUCCACUUCCCCUAUAGCUUCUUUCCCUAUGUUUCCUCCACCUUUUCCCGGGCCCAUUGACCCGAUGUAUUCUCAGGCAUUCCAAAAUUUUGGGCAGUUCAUGUCCAUGUUUCAGCAAACGGGAGGGUUUUUCCCCUUUAUUCCCGGAUUAUAUCCACAGUCUGUGCCCCAGACUAAUAUUAUCCGCCCGGUCGUCCCAACAAAUCUGAUCGGGGAAAUGGACAAAGUGGGUUGUUCCUGGUCUAGAAGGAGUCGAUCCCGAAGGUCGCAUACCCAGAUCACGCCGGAUGGCGAUGUUCGCUCAGUCCAUAGCAAGGACGAGGACUGGGACGUUCCCCAGGCUCAAAAGAAGUUGAAGGGAAAUGCAGUUCAGCCUGAAGGGUCCAGGAGAUCAGCAUUCCAAAGGCUAGGGCAUGACGGCAGGAACCAGAACCGGCCGGCAAAAGAGCAAUUAGGAGUGGAGACGACCCCGGUGAGUGCUUUUGACCACCUGGGGAGAGGGGCCGAGCGACCUGGUCGGACCAGGCGCACGGAGCCACCCCCUCACGAUGAGCCCCAGAACAGUCAGGCACCCCGGGAGGAAGAAGCCGAAAGCCAUCCAAGGCACACGGUCCGCUCCCAUAUUGAACAACCCUGGGACCAUGUGGGCCGAGUCGAAGCGCGUCUCGAAAAGUUGCAACGAUGGGUAGCUCGGGAUGAAAAGAAAAAAAUCUUGCUGAACGAAUCUCUGUUCACAGACCGGGUUCAUGAGACCCCAUUUCCAAAGAAGGCGAAGCUUGAGGUCCCGAAAUUUACUCGGAAGGACCCAGAAAUACACACCCUCCACGGCUGGGCCGCUGAGUGGUUUCACAACCUCCCGGCCGGCGAGAUCAAUUCUUUCGAUGAACUGGCCGAGGUGUUCCAGGAGAAGUUUAAGGAAAACUGUACCAAGAGGAAAAAGUUUACCUACUUGAGUACGGCCGGGCAGAGGGAGCACGAAGAUUUGACAAAAUUCCUCACUCUAUGGAAGGAUGAAGUUGACAAGGUGGAGGAGGUGGACGACAAAACAGCCAUGUCCCUCCUGUAUGCUGACGCCAAGGCACAAGUGUCAUCCAAGAGGGAGGCCGAGCAGGGCCAUACCAAAGGGAGAAUCUCCUUGAAAAAGGAAAUCGAAAUGCCCGGCAGGGUAAAAGCAGAAGUCAUGGAGGUGAAGCCGGUCAAGGUUGAGAAGAAACCAGUGGGGGAGAAGCAAUGGACCGAGAAGUAUUGCUCCUUGUAUAAGACUGACUCCCAUAACACUGCAGAGUGCAAUAGUGUUAAGGGGGUAAUCAAGCAGAUGAUAGAGGCCGGAGAUCUCGACCCAGAGUAUCUAGCUCAGGCAAAACCAAAGAAGAACCAAUGGGUCAAGCCCGAAGAACAACCAGCCGAGCAAAACAAGAAGAAGAAAGCAGCCGGCAAGGAGCACUUGCAGGGAUCAAUCCUCCUAACUUGCGAAUUGGGCAUGGGAGACAAGGUGAUCCAGAAGCAGAUGAGGUUCGUGGUAGUGAACAUCAAAUGUGUUCACAACGCCAUCCUAGGCCGGCCUGGAAUAAAUAAAGUCCGUGGAAUCAUCUCCAUGGCCCAUCUCUGUAUGAAGUUCUAUACCCCGGGCGGUAUAGGACAAGUCAGAGGAGAUGAGAAGAAGGCCCGGUCUUGUUACUUAGAGGCUGUAAAGAAAAUGACCAAGGCAUUUGAAAGGGUUACCCUAGUUUCCCAGGAAGAGGAUCGGUCAAAGCUGGAACCAGGUGAUGAGACCGAGCAGAUUGUUCUCCAAGAAGCUUUCCCGGAAAAGAUGGUGAGGAUAGGCCGGAAUCUGCCCAGAGGACUUCGAGAGGAAAUCAUCUCAGUCCUUCGGGAAUACGCAGAUAUAUUCUCUUGGAGUGUGGCGAACAUGCCGGGCAUCGACCAUUCGGUUAUAUGCCAUCGGUUGGCAGUGAUCGAUGGUAGCCGGCCGGUAAAACAAAAGAAAAGGCACUUGGCGAAUGUCCAGAGGGACUUCGUUAAGAAAGAAGUGAAGGAUUUGUUGUCGGUCAACCGCGAGAUGGAGAUCAAAGAAGAGCGUCUGGCCCGGUACAGUGACCUGGUCCGAGCACUUUUAAGGGAGUUAGAAGAGUUUCGUCUGACCAGGAUACCCCGGUCAGAAAACACCGAUGCUGAUAUGCUUUCAAAGCUAAUGCAAGCCUGCCCGAAGCAUGUCUCGAAGUUGGCCAAAAUUGAAAUAUUGGACCAACCUAGUGCUUACCGGUUUGAGGUCGUAGCCAUUCAGCAAGGUCAGAGCUCAUCUAUUGGGAUUAACAUUAUUGGGGCUUUCCCGGUCGCACAAGGCGGGAAGAACAUCAUCGUAUGGCAGUGUGAGAAAUUCGUUUGGAAGAACAUCGUUACCCGGUUUGGAGCCCCAAAGAUGAUUGUCACCGACUAUGGCCCACAAUUUCGCAACCCCUGGUUCACUGCGUACCUGGCCAGUUUUGGAAUCAAGCACAGCAAGGAGUCAGUAGCAUAUCCACAAGGAAAUGGUCAAGUGGAAAAUGCUAACCGAACAAUAGUGGACGGGCUGAAGAAGAGGCUGGGAGAAGAAGGACGCAAAUGGUUGGAAGCACUUCCUCAUACGAUGUGGGCGCUCAGGGUGACUUCAAGAAGAGCAACCAGGGAGACCCCUUUCGUGCUCACCUAUGGAUGUGAAUCCCGGUUGCCAAUUGAGGCAGAAUUCCCAACGUUUAGAGAGACCGUGUAUCAGCCCGGCCAGAACGUAGUCGAUCACCUAGCUGAGUUAAAUCUGGUGGAAGAACGAAGGACCAUGGCAGCUGUCAAGAUGGCCGGUUACCAGCAGUCAGUAAAGAGAUAUCAUGACAACCGGGUGGGUCCACGUUAUUUCCAAGUGCAUGAUGAAGUAUUACGCAGAAGGGAUGCUAGUAAGCCUAAUGAGAGGGGCAAGCUAGUGCGCAAUUGGGAAGGACCUUAUCGCAUAAGGGCGAUCAUUAGGCCGGGAACUUAUCAGCUGGAAACCAUGGAAGGUGGACGAGUUGACCGGCAUUGGAACUCUCACCACUUGCGUAAAUUUUUUAGAUAAAGUGUAAUGAGUUCUCGGUUAUGAAUAAAAGUUUGUUCUUUUC